AUGUCUGUUUCCAUCAAACUGGGUACUCCCCUUGCAGAGGCUCUUAACGAGGCCAUACAACCGAAGCUGGUCGAAGUGGGUUGGAGCACGGGUGGAGGAGAUGACUCCGCUUUGGCUGAAUACGUCAUUCUUAUGCUCGUCAACGGGAAAACUCAGGAUCAGAUUGCUUCGGAGUUGGCAAACGAUCUUCUAAGUCUUGGCCCAGAAGAUACAGAAGCUGUUGAUUUUGCAAAAUGGCUAUUUGAACAGGUCCACGAACUGAACAACAGGAUAAAUGUGGCGGCUCCCGCAACAGAGCAACAUGCUGCGUCGCAAGCUAUUCCUUCAAUUUCAGCACAGCAGGGCAACUCACUCUCAGCGGUUGCACAUGCGAGUGAUGUAGGGGAUUCUGCGAUGAGUAGUGAUAUUGCUGCAGGGCAGGAUGGUAAUAUCCCAACCGGUCCAAAGAGUGCGCGGAAUCCUAGACAACAACAAGGUGGACGGGGCAGGAUGGUGGGCCAAAUAAACAAGACCUUGGACCGCGCGAACGACUCCGUCUUACAUCGGGUGCGCAAUCACCAAGGUUCAGAAAGGAUCAACAGCCACUCCAGAGAACCCCCGAAGGCCCCAAGAGGGUUUCAGCUAAGAAAUGGACGUAUGCCGUCAGGAAGGCCUUCUGGUCCGAUGGGAAUGGGUAUGGGGAUGGGCAUGGGGAUGGGCAUGGGGAUGCCUGGUGGCCAGAUGCCGAAUGCUCCGCCAUUUGGAAUGGUACCAUUAAGUCCUCAACAACAGAUGCAAAUGAUGGCUAUGCUGGAAGAGCAGGCUCGCAUGAUGGCUCAGAUUAUGCCGGGGAUGGUCCCACCUGCCAUAAAUCCCGCUUUUCAAAAUGGUCCUCCUCCAAACCAACAGGGGCGCUCCCUUUUUGAGCGCGCAGAGAUGCAACCAAACAGGAACCAGCAUUUUGCUCGACGGGAUCAUGUGAAUGGCCAUUCUUCGAACUUCCACCGGCAAAAUGAAAAUGUCGAUACAGAAAUGGACACUGCGCAUAACGACGCAGAAUCUUCAAUGGACGUUGAUGCCGCCCACGAAGCACAACCUGCCGAACCAGGACCCAACACCGUCUGUCGAUUCAACCUGAAAUGUACGAGGAAAGACUGUCCCUACGCUCAUCAAUCCCCCGCCGCCCCCGAAGGCGUCGUCGUAGACGUGAACGACGAAUGCCCCUUCGGCGCAGCGUGCAAGAAUCGAAAAUGUGCCGCCCGACAUCCCUCACCGGCCCAGAAGGCAGAACACCAGGCCGAAGAACUCUGUCGAUUCUUCCCCCACUGCACGAACCCGAACUGCACUUUCAAGCAUCCAAGCAUGCCCAUGUGCCGGAAUGGAGCGGACUGUUCGACGCCAAAUUGCAAGUACACACAUCUGCAAAUUGCCUGCAAAUUCAACCCUUGUCUUAAUCGGAUAUGUCCGUACAAGCAUGCUGAGGGUCAGCGGGGCGUGUUUGCGGAUAAAGUGUGGAGGGCGGCCGAUAGUGAGAAGAAGGAACAUGUUAGCGAGCGCAGGUUCGUGACGGAUGAGGAUGGGCAGGAGGAGCUUAUUAAACCUGAGGUUGCUAAUACGUCCACGCCGGACGAAGUGAGGGGGCAGGAGAUUUUGACUUGA